AAUGCAUUCUAUAAAUUCCAAAUACCGGUCGCAUGACCCCCACGAACCUAUUUAUCCAGGCACUUGGAGAUUUUCGGUCCUGACACCGUCUUGGCUACAUUAUUUGUACAACAGGAAGAUGCCGACCAAGGCGCUAAGUGUGCAGUCAGCGCGGGGUCAAAAGCCCCCUGAAAUCAUUCAUGUGGAUAUUGAAAAGCUAUAUCUGCACGAUCGGACGCAUUCAACUUUCGUUUAGUUUCCUCCGCGUCUAGUUAUUGAAUACCAUACCACCUUCCUCAAUUCACUUCAACGCCGAACCCAAAGAACGUUCUGGAAUAAAAUAUCUUUGGGCGUCAAUAUUCUUCAAUAGUUCGAAGAUUUUUAGGGAUCGGGUUUGAAAACAGGGUUGAAAAUGGGUCUAGUCAAUCUAGGUCAUGAAGCAGAUCCCGUUCUCACCAGGAUUGUUGAUGAGGAUAAGGUGGCUUGGUGGAGAAAAAGGAAUUUAAGAAUCUUGUAUCUUUUGCUAUAUCCAACAUGUAUGGGGAUUGAGAUGACGUCGGGGUUCGACUCUCAGAUGAUCAAUGGAUUGCCGUUUAUUCCUUCUUGGAAUAAAUACUUUGGUGAGCCGACGAUUGACGGGGCUGGGAAUUCGACGUAUGCUCUGAAGGCAGAGCUUUUGGGCAUUGUGGCUGCGGCAUACAGCUUAGGUGCUAUUUUGUCGGUGCCGUUCGUACCAAUGCUUGCUCAACGUUUUGGGCGUAGGUGGUCCAUAAUGUUUGGGUCUAUUGUGAUGGUCGUUGGGUCAUUUCUUCAGGGCUUCUCCAUCAAUGCUGCGAUGUACAUCGUUGCCAGAAUGUUUCUUGGAUUUGGUAUUGUCUUCGCAAUUGUCUCCGGAUCAGCCAUGCUUGGUGAAUUAGCAUACCCGAAAGAAAGGCCAGUUAUGACUUCUCUCUUCAAUGCAUCUUGGUUUGUAGGAUCUUUAGUUGCCUCCGGUAUUACCGUUCGCACUGCAACCAUCAAUACAGAUUGGGGAUGGAGAAUACCAUCUCUUCUUCAAGCCUGUCCCUCACUUAUUCAGAUCAUCUUCGUCUUCUUCCUGCCGGAAAGUCCUCGGUACCUUAUUAGCAAGGACAGACGAGACGAAGCAUUCGAUAUCUUGGUCAAGUAUCAUGCAGAAGGAAAUCGUGAUUCGGUAUUCGUUCGUGCUGAAAUGACUCAGAUUGAAACAACGAUCAAACUAGAAGUAGAAGCUUCUAAACGAUCUUGGAUGUCCAUGUUGAGUACUCCUGGAAUGAGACGCCGGGUAUUUCUCGCUUCUGCUAUGGGAGUCUUCACACAAUGGUCUGGCAAUACUUUGAUUUCAUUCUACCUUUCCAAGAUCCUUGCCAUGAUAGGUUACACGGAUACCAACACUAAAACCAUGAUUAAUCUCGGAUCGACAGCUUGGUCUUUCUUCACAGGAACCUUAACUGCCCUCAUAGUACCAAGGUAUAAGCGCCGCACUAUGUUUUUACUCUGUGCUUGUAGUAUGUUCUUCGUGUAUAUAGCAUGGACAAUCAGUAUGCAACGAGCUAUGCUAGCAUAUGAUACCAAUCGGCCCAACAAAGCUGCUGCCAUCACCACACUAUUCUUUAUAUUUCUCUACUCGCCUUGUUAUAAUAUUGGGAACAAUGCACUUGCGUAUACCUAUCUAGUAGAACUCUUCCCCUACGCGGACCGUUCUCGUGGCAUCUCCAUCGAACAAUUUUUCGUCCGAGCCGCUAAUUUCUUCACCACCUACGUAAACCCCAUCGGUAUGGGCAAUAUCGGCUGGAAAUAUCUUAUUAUGUAUUGUGUAACCAUUUGUAUUGAGAUAAUCGUGAUAUAUUUCUUUUAUCCUGAGACUCAGGGACGCACGUUGGAAGAACUUGCUUUUCUAUUUGAAGACAAUGCAUUGGCAGAGAAAGCUGCUGUGGCUGUGGAGAAAACCAUACAUUUUAACCACUGUGAAGAAGCAAGGACUGCAUAAAACUGAGGCUGAUAUCCCGCACCCAAUUGUGCGGAAACGGAACAAGAUCGCAUUCGUACAUACUGCAUGAUUCAGCUGAAAAGAAAUUUCUGAUACUUCAUAUUUCUUUUGUUGUUUGUACUUCAACAAACCCCUAUUUUUCAACAUUUGUUUCUGGUUCCUUCAGCUAUUUAUCUGAUUGUAUACAUCUUCAGUACAGGUAGAAAUCGAACCACAACUAAGAAUUUUCUUCAAAAUCAAAAAA